AUGGUUGGAGGCAAUUGCGAGCGAGUUCCGCAGUCGGCGCUGCGCGUCUACAGAAAGCUGGAGGAACACAACCAGCACCACCCCUGGGCAGCCGAGGCUUUCAACGGGCAGCAGAUUUGCUUCGACUGCGUCGCUGCUGCGCUGCAGCAGCAGCAGCAGCAGCAGCAGCAGCAACAGCAGCAGCAGCAGCAGCAGCAGCAGCAGCAGCAGCAGCCUUCGGCGGCGAAGUUCCGACUUGUGCAGGAAGUGUGGCAAGUGCUGCAGCAGCUGCCGCAGGCCGCCGCGCUGCGCAUUGGCCACUACCUGCUGCACUCCACGGGCUUUCUGGACUCAGUUUUGGAGCUGCUGGCCACUGAGGUGUACAUGGACCAGUCCUGCACGGAGACGGAGGCCGCAAUGGACGUCGCCUUGGCUGUGGACGCAGCAGCCCUCAGCUACAGCCCCGAAGAGCAGCAGUACAGCGAAGCUUGCUUAGCAGCAAAGCUGCACAAGUGGCUGCUGCAGAAGCUGCUGGCCCGGGACUCCGCGGCGGUGCCCCAGGCGCUGCAGGACCCAGAGCUGUGGGGGCACUUGACGGACGGACUGGCUGCUGCAGUGAAGGCUGGGGACGCAGCAGCAAAUGUUAUUCUUGGGAGUUUCUGCGCAGUGCUGCGAGCAGCAGAAGAGUCUGCUGCAGCAGCAAUUGCUGCCAGCUGCGUGGCGAAGGUGGCGCGGGCGCUGCUGCUGCUGCCGCCGACUGCAGCAGCGCUGCUGCAGCUGCUGCAGGCCGUGUCUGGCUGCUUCAGCUGCUGCGAGCUGCUGCAGCAGCAGCAGCAGCACUCGCUGCUGCUGCUGCAGCUGGGGCAGACGUUUCAGGCCGUCUUUGCUUCCGCAGAAGCUCCAGCAAAAGUCCAAGAUGCUGCUUUGCUGCUGCUGCAGCAGCUCUUAAGUUCUCUUUCGGAAAAUCUCAAACUUCUUUUCAUUGAAGACCUUUGCAUUGUGGAUUGGCUUCUGGAAGCUGUCCGCAACAAAAGACCAGUGGCCCACUCAGUGGUCCAGUGCCUGCAGCAGCACAUCUUUUGCUGCUGCUCGUUUCAGCAGCACCACUUCGACGCAGCCUUCAGCAGCUUCCUCUGCAUUGCCCGGAAGCAGCAAGACCAGCUCUGGCUGCUGCGCGCGGCGCUGUUGCUGCUGACUUCCAAACCACAGCAGCAGCAGCUGACGGGCUCACUGCAGCAGCAGCAGCAGCAGCGCGCAGCAGCGCGGCCGCGCGGAGCUGCAGAACUGGGAAGACUUUCCACAACUCGUGAGAGCCAGCGGCUGCGCGGGUACGCGGCGCUGGGGGUGAAGCUGAGCUGCGGCUUCUACUUUGGCUGGAAAAUGGAAUGUCCAGCUGCGAACUGGAAACAGGCCGAGUUCCUCAACGGCGUUUUUCGUGCAGCUUUCGGACCCGCCGCCGCCCCCCGCGCCGCCGACGCGGUCUCGGAGGAAGCCAACCUCCGCGCAGCAGCAGCAACCGACUCCGCCCCCGCUGCAGCAGCAGCAGCAGCAGCAGCAGCAGCAGCAGCAGCAGCAGCAGCAGCAGCAGCAGCAGCAGCAGGAGCGGAGUAUUCUUUUGCAAUUUAUUUAAUAAAAAUGCUUUUGAGCUGCGGAAGUCCCGAAGAAGAAGAGCCCCUGGACUGCGACGUGGGCGCGGGCGUUUGCGAGCUGGCGGCGCUCGCGGGCAGCCUGCGGCGCUCGGCGGUGGACUUCAACCUCCACGAGUUUUCGGGAGUGGCGGGGGUGGAGCAGCGGGCCGUUUCAGCAGCAAGUGCGGCAGGGCUGCAGCAAGUUCCCAGUGAGUCCAGUGGUCCGCUGCUGCUGCUGCAGUGGACCAGUGGUCACGUUGCUGCGCCUCUUGCUGCUGCUGCUGCUGCAGUGGACCACGUGGCAGCAGGGCUCGAGCUCUCCGCCCCUGCUGCUGCAGCAGCAGCAGCGCCAGCAGCAGCAGCAGCAGCAGCAGCAGCAGCAGCAGCAGCAGAAGCAGCAGCUAACGCCACUGUGGCUGCCCAGCCCCUCGCUGCGGACUUCCUCGCCGUGCUGCUGCAGUUCCUGUUCGUCUGCGUGGACGCAGCAGAAGCAAGAGCUCUGCACUCUCUGCGCUGUUCUGGGAAUCUCCUGAAGCUGCUGAGGAGAAGCCUGGGGGGCCCCACAGAGGGCAAAUCUGCUGCUGCUGCAGCAGCAGCAGCAGCAGCAGAUUUGCCGGCGUUGGCUUUGUGUGCCAUUUCGCUGCUGCUGCUGCCGGUUGAGAUCGGGAGCCUCCGGGACGCGGAGGUGGCGCAGCUGCUGGCGGGGUGUAUCGACAGUUCCUUCGCCAGCAGCAAAGACUGCCACGCAGAUGCAGCAAUUCUGGCCAUUUGCUCGCUGGCCACUUGCGGCGCAAUUGCCCCUUUGCUGCGCUGCUGUUUGCUGUCAACCACUUUUUCGCUGCUGCCGCUCUGCAACAAGUACAUUACCCCUGCGCCCCAGCAGCAGCAGCAGCAGCAGCAGCAGCAGCAGCAGCAGCAGCAGACAGCAGCAGCAGCAGCAGCAGCAGCAGCAGCAGCAGCGUGCCUCAGCAGAGGACCCCGCGCGUUGUUUGCAGCCAUCGUGCUCAGUGCUGCUGCAGCAGCAGCUGCAGAUCCUGCUGCUGCUGCUUCUUCCCGGGCAGCAGCUUUGCUGCUGCUGCGGACUUUGAGGGGCUCUGAGGAGCCUGCGGGGCUCGCCUGCGGUGUACGUACACCUCAAAAUGGCCCACAGACCCUCCGCAGCGAAACUGCUGCUGCAGCAGCAGCAGCAGCAGCAGCAGCAGCAGCUCGCGGCCAGAGCCCUCCCCGCACCUUCUUUCCGCUAGUUCCUGCUGCUGCUGCAGCAGACACAACAGCAGCAGCAGUUACAGAGACGAUGGAGAGGCUCUUGGCUGCUGUAUUGGGGAGCGUCAGCAGCAGCAGCAGCAGCAGCAGUCCCACAGCCGCAGCAGCAGCAGCAGCAGCAGCAGCAGCAGAAUCCCCCAGUGCAGACGCGUGCACAGAUGCAUGCGCUGGAGGGGAAGCCUGGUCAUGGACCAAUGGACCAUCUGGCAGAUCUUUGCAGAACUAA